AUGGAUAUCACUAUGUUCACCGUGGGUGAGCAGCCCAAAGAGGCUUCCAUCAAGAAGCCUCUUGACUGCCAGGAAUCAAAGCCACACUCUUCGAUUCGCCGCUGGCUCCGCAAGACAGGCGACUUCGCCUUACUCAAGACUUUCCGCAAGCAUUCCGACUCUUCUUUGACUAGCAAAACGAACAAGAACAACUCUGUCGAAUCUGUUCACGAGCUUGAGUCGCUUAGUAAAGCCACCCCGGCUCAUCCUGCCCGCAAAGACAGCCUCGUGGAAGAAGACACUCCCAUUACCAAGAUCGAUGACAAGGCUCUUUCCGAAAGCAUCGCAAACGUCCUCAGGCCCAAAACGGGUAUCAACACGUUGUCGCCUACAACUGCAGCCAAAAGCAAAAUCCAAAAGCCAGCCGAAGGAGCUCUAGUCACACAAGAUACGAUGCGCAUGAUUAUGGAGUCAAACAAGAGGCGUGCCGCAGGAUCUGGCCAGUAUCGAGGUGUGGACAAGACCUUGGGGACCACUGUCAUUGCUUCACAUAAAAAGCCUAUGACAAGGGCAGUGACCGCACCCGCAAACCCGCUCAGAUGGUCGCAAGAUUAG